AUGAACAUCCAGCAAGCGCGGCAGCCAGACCCGAGCUUCGCUCGUACAACAGCGCUCAUGGUCAACAUAUUCUCCAUGACCACAGAAGCGGUCGAUCAGCGCAAGCUUCUGAGCGCGAGGGAAGUGGGCGGUCAGCUACAUCUGCGCUUCCGCCUCAAAUGGGAUAUCAGUCCCGGAAUUCUCGCUCGAGAGCGAAGGUCCGUGACAGACGAGAGCUUCAAAGCAUUCAAGUCGCACAACUACUGCGUCUUUGCGUGCAAGCUCCUAGCGGGUCUUUUGGCUUGGCUAGUCGAGGAACUACGCCUUCCAAUCGAUUUCGAAGAGGUGGAGAUACACGGGGUCUACGAGAUCAAACCCGUCGUCUGCAUCGAGAGCUCGACCGGCAGGAGAAGGCGGAUCGCCCAAAAACACACGGUGUUCAAAAUCACCUCCCCCAACGACGACGGAGAGGGCGCCUACAUCGACCCCUCAGCGCCCCAGUACCUACGACCCGCGGGCGUAUACCCCGUCAGAGGAUACCCUGCAUACCCGGACGAGGAAGUGAAAGUACCGAUAGAGUUCUUCUCCUUGGGAUACAAUUACUCCCAACACCUCAUCAGGGGCGGCAAUGAUGACAAGUGGGGUGCUCUGGAGCAUGACAUCCUGAGCUCCGUCAAGGCGGAUCUCGACGUCCUGGUGAACUACCUCGACAACAAGUACAUCCCAGGCAAUCUCAACAGGAACACACACUGGAAAGCCCUGGCUAAAUCAUGUAUGGGCACCGGUCAUGCGAAGGUCAUGGAGUCUUUGGAGCGAGCGUCGGGACUCGAGGUGACGAGGCAUCAACUUUCUUAG